AUGCUGGCGCUGGGCCGCGGCCUGGCGGGGGCGGCCUCCGCCGUCCUGGGGGGCGGCCAUCGAGGGGCAGGGGCCGACAUCCCCAGCCAUUUGGAUGAUCUUCCUCCAACAAUGAUGAAGAAAGAGUAUGUCGAUGUCCCGAUAAUAAAUAGCGUUGAUGACGUAGUAAAAAGAUUACUGUCUCUGGAAAUGGCAAGCCAGAAGGAGAAAAUGAAGAUAAAGACACAGCAGCUGGUGGAGAAGGUCAGGAGGUCUCCCGAUGACAAUGGCUCCUUUGAGGUGCAAACUGCUAUAUUGACUGCCAAGAUACGCACUUACGAGGAGCAUCUUCAGAGGCAUCCCAAGGAUAAAAGUAACCGUCGUCUCAUGCUGAUGGCUGUGGAUCGCCGGAAGAAACUACUUACAUAUCUUCGCCGUGUCCGCUACGAUGCCUUUGAAAACACCUGCAAGCAGCUGAAUAUCCAGUAUGCACUACCCCCUGCCUACUCCCGAAGGGUCACCAAGCGCUGGGUUGUUAAGAAGGCAUUUUGUAUCAAGGUUUUUCAGGAGGUGCGGAAGCUGAAAGCACCAGAAAGGCUAAAGAAGAGGAGAGAGUGGCAAGCAAAAGCCAGAGCUGCAAAAGAGAAGCAGGUGCAGAGUGAAGGGACAGCUGUGUAG